AUGUGACGCGUAAAGCUGCCUUGCGCCUCAGGCACCAGCUCACUAUCGAUAAGAUUCUGCGCCGUCGCCCGCUUCCCCCGCCCGGCGGAGAAGCAUUCACUCCCUCAACCAUCCUCGCCUCCCUUAUUCUUUGCUCCCAUCUUAGACUACACCAUAAUAGACAAUAGCACAUCAUGUCUGCCAACACCACACCCACAGGACAACAAAUCAACGUCCUCUUCGUCUGCCUCGGCAACAUCUGCCGCUCCCCCAUGGCCGAAGGCGUCUUCCGCCACGUCGCCGCCUCACACCCACUCAUCAACAAGAUCGACUCCGCCGGCACGGGCGCCUACCACGCCGGCGAGUCCCCGGACCACCGCACGAUGACCACGCUGCGCGCCCACGGCAUCACCCGCUACGUCCAUGCCGCGCGCAAGGUGACCAAGGAGGACUUCCUGACCUUUGAUUAUGUCCUGGCGAUGGACAAGUACAACCUGCGCGAUCUGCAGGAGACGCGCGAGGCCGUGCUGGCCGCUGCCACCAAGAAAUCCGGCGCCGCCGGCGCCGCCAAGGUGGCCGAGGUGCGCCUGUUCGGGGAUUUCGGGGAAGGCGGCGCCCUGCAUGAGCGGGUGGGCGGAGGCGAGGUGGUGCAGGAUCCGUACUAUGGUGGGGUUAAUGGGUUUAAGGAGGUCUAUGAGCAGGUUACGCGGUUUUCGAGGAACCUUGUCGAGUACCUUGAGAAGGAGACGCAGGAGGAGUAAAGAGGCGGUGGUCGGGUUCACGACAUCGCCGCGCGAGGAGGUAGGGAUCGCAUGCUUCUUGUGAGCAGUUGCGAGUUGAGAUAUGAUAGACCACCACCACCACCUGAGCGACUUGCUUUGCAGCGAAGAUAGACCGGAGCGAAUUGUCGAUGCAUCUUAUAGACAACACAUAUGGACUAGAAUAUGAUACAGUAGGCAACAUCAAUGUAU